AUGGGCUUUUGUCGUGGCAUUGUGUCGAAGCUGGUCUCUGGGCACAACAAUAACAACAACCAAAACAAUGGCACGGAUGAGCAUUUCAUCAGGCUCAUGAACUCGGCUCUAGAGGAACGACACGUCCGACAAGGGUGGAGUUACGACGAGCCAAAGGCCGACGACGGCUCCUUCUUCAAGGUCAACUUUACUCAAGGCAAGAAUAAAAGUAGAUCAACCUGGCCCAGCGACUACUACUUUCAGUCCGUACAAUCACGCCGACCUUUCAACACAGCAAACGUGGCGGUACAUGCUGACUUGGCCAACUUGGCUAGAAGAUACGACAUACACAUCAACGAGCUCCACAACUUCAUGCGCUUCCCGCCCGUCCGCGCCGUCAUCCGGACACUACUCAUCGAGCUGGAGCACCCGGACGCGCAGUCCGGACCGCAGCUAGACGAGCUCAAAGUCUUCGACAGCGUAGACCAAAUCGUCUCCAACACAGAUGCCGCGGACCGACGGACGUACCUGACGCAAGUCACCGCCCCCGGCGCCCAGUUCGCCGACAGAGCCCUGGUCCUGUGCCUCGUCAAGCUCUGCGCCCAGUUCGAGGGCUGGAACCGCUGGGUAUUUGGGUCCCGCCGCUCGACGAUCCAGGUCUUCAUGGCCGUCGUCGGCCUCUUUUGCAACGCGUGGGUGCAGGCGCCGACCAUUAACGCCUCGUGGUCGCGGUCCGACACGCCUUCGCCCCCGUCUUUCCUGUCUUCUAAGCGCUUCGGCAUCAUAUGCGAUUCGUCUUCUUCUUCUUCUUCUUCUCCUUCUUCUUCGUCCCCUCGUAGUAGCCUCACCCCUGAGAUCUGGUUCGAGUGGUCCCUCCUCUUCGACCCCUGGGUCAGACAAACUAACGCGAUCCAGCUGUUGAACCCCGACCCUCUACCCUCACCCUCAUCUUACCCAGACAACACCACCACGACCUCCGCCCAGUCAGCACGCCGUACGAAACCCGUCGCCGUGACGGAGGUCUCGCUACCAGAACCAGAAAAGCAGGGCCGCGUCGUGGUGAAAUACGACAAGAAGCCCGACGAGGAGCGCUGGGCGUUCCGGUCAAUCCUGGACUCCCGUUGGGCGGGCAGGACGCCGCGGACGGGGCUGCAGUACCUCGUCGACUGGCAGUACGCGGAGCCGACGUGGCAGCCGGCGAGGGACCUGCAGGGCUGCGACCUGUGGGUGCUGGAGUUCCAUCGAGAGAAUCCUGGCAAGGCUGGGCCGGUGCCUAGGUUGAGGCAAUCUUUGGAGUGA